AUGGCCGCGGAACGCGAUGCGGGCACCGGAUUCGAAAACAACGGCUGCGGCGGCUCGCGGCUGCCACCAAUCGGCGCGGCGGUGCGGUGGACGGCCGCAGCCGCCGCGGCCGCCGCACAGCCGGACAGUCAGAAGGAGAUCAGGUUCCCGGUCACAAAGCAGCCACCACCGUCCGCGCCGGCGCAGGCGCAGGAGCUGUACCGGCGGUUGCACAGCCGGUCGCUGUCGUCGCUGCCGCCCGAGCCGUUCAUGAUAAUGCGGUCGAAGGCCCUCAACCGGCGAGUGUGCAUAAACGUGGGCGGCGUCAAGCACGAGAUACUGUGGCGGACCCUGGAGCGGCUGCCGCACACCAGGUUGGGCCGGUUGAGGGACUGCAACACGCACGAGGCCAUCGCCGAGCUGUGCGACGACUACUCGUUGGCCGACAACGAGUACUUCUUCGACAGGCACCCGAAAUCAUUCAGCUCGGUGUUGAACUUCUACAGGACGGGCAAGCUGCACCUGGUCGACGAGAUGUGCGUGCUGGCGUUCAGCGACGACCUGGAGUACUGGGGCGUCGACGAGCUGUACUUGGAGUCGUGUUGCCAGCACAAGUAUCACCAGCGCAAGGAGCACGUGCACGAGGAGAUGCGCAAGGAGGCCGAGUCCCUGAGGCAGCGCGACGAGGAGGAGUUCGGCGAGGGCAAGUGCGCGCACUACCAGAAGAUGCUGUGGGACCUGCUCGAGAAACCCACCACCAGCAUCGCGGCAAGGGUGAUAGCUGUGAUAUCGAUACUGUUCAUCAUUAUGUCGACGGUGGCGCUGACGCUCAACACGAUACCGUCGCUGCAAGUAGAGACGAAGGGGGUGAUCCAGGACAACCCGGUGUUCGCCAUGGUGGAGCUGGUGUGCAUCACGUGGUUCACCCUCGAGUACCUGCUCCGGUUCAGCGCGUCACCCAACAAGUGGAAGUUCUUCAAGGGUGGCCUGAAUGUGAUCGACCUGCUGGCCAUACUGCCGUACUUCGUGUCUCUGAUACUGGUGGCCGAAACGGACAAGACGGACACGCACCAGUUCGACGACGUGCGCCGCGUCAUACAGAUAUUCCGAAUCAUGCGCAUACUCCGCAUACUCAAACUGGCCCGACACUCCACCGGCCUGCAGAGCCUCGGGUUCACGUUGCGCAACUCGUACAAAGAGCUGGGCCUGCUCAUGCUGUUUCUGGCCAUGGGCGUGCUGAUAUUCUCCAGUUUGGCGUACUUCGCCGAGAAGGAGGAGCCGGGCACCAAGUUUCUGUCCAUACCCGAGACGUUCUGGUGGGCCGGCAUCACCAUGACCACCGUUGGCUACGGCGACAUAUACCCGACCACGGCCCUGGGAAAGGUCAUCGGCGGCGUCUGUUGUAUCUGCGGCGUGCUGGUCAUUGCGCUGCCCAUUCCGAUUAUCGUCAACAAUUUUGCCGAGUUCUAUAAAAACCAGAUGCGACGAGAGAAGGCGCUCAAGAGACGAGAGGCGUUGGAGCGCGCCAAGCGCGAGGGAAGCAUCGUGUCAUUCCACCAUGUCAACCUCCGGGACGCGUUCGCCAAGAGCAUGGACCUGAUUGACGUGAUCGUCGACAACGAGAGCGACAUUCCGAAGCUGUCCAAGCAGAAUUCGCUAAGAUCACACGUUGGCAGCAAUUAUUCGCAGUACGACGGGACGAGCAGCGGCAGCGAGACGGUCCCGUUGAAGCCGGCGCCGGCGCGGGGUGCCGCGACCGCCAAACCGGAACAUCAGACGCUGUUGGACAUCGACAAUCCGGAACAAAACGCCAAUUCGUUUGGAAAACCGUUCGAGAGCUCGGAGGUCAAGGAGUACUUGGACGCGGAACACCUGACACCGUACCCGACCAGCGAUCUGCGAACGCCACUCAGCGUGGAGAUGAGAACGCUCAAGGAGGCCGACGGAUCGUCGUCCGGCGGCGGUCAGUGGCGUUCGCGCAACGAGGUGGGCAGCGUUGACAGUUCGGACACGUACAUCAGCUGCAAGUCGCAACCGUUCCAUUCACAGGGUGACCUGACUGCGGCCGACGACCUGCACGACACCGUUUUCGAGCCAGCCGGUCACGUCCCGGCCAGUGGCCCCGUCACUGCCGGUAAGGGGGGCGGUGGCGUCAACGACUCCAACCUGUAUGUCAACCCCCUGGAGAGCGCCGGUGGCAAAGGGGGCAAGGGGGGCCCACCCCGGAGUUUGGGCACGUCGCCGAUGGACGAGUGCAAGGAGUUCUCGGGCCGGACUGCGGCGGUCGGCAGUCGCGGAAGCCUCAACGAAACGGCCAAACAGCGGAAGACGAGAUUUUCGCAACAAUCAAACAUAGGAGAAAGUUUUUUUGGCCGAUCGUCUCAGGAAAGUUUGGAUGGCGGCGCACGAAAACGACGACCUUCGUUCGGGUUGUCGUCAAAAACAUUGACUAAUGCUACAAGAAUAAUCAAUCAACAUUUGUUCGGGUUACCAAUAAUAUCUAAUAAAACAGGGAAAAGCGGCAAGUCCUCGCCGUCGGUGUCGGCUGAAUCGAUAAACCGUUCGCCGGAACCGCAUCGUAGGUCCAAGUCGAUACUGAAACGGCACCAGAACCAAGGGUCGUCGCAGACAUCGCAAGACUCGCCGUCCGGAAACCACGCGAGGAUAGGCAUCCGGCGGACGGCACACGUGGACCCGGAAACGGAAAAGCUCAUACCCGACAACCUGUCCGACUGUUCGCCGGGCAAGAGUCCGAUGUCCCCGCAGCAGCAGCAGCAGCAGCUCCAACCGCCACUGCAGGAGCAGCAGCAGCAGCAGCAGCAGCAGCAACCCCAGUCGCCACUGCAGCAGCAACAGCCGCGGCACAACAACAACCACCACCACCACCAGCAGCAAAACCACCACCGCCGGAACAACAACCACCACCACAACAACAACAACAACGGCCGGACUACCGGUGGCGGCAGUGGCGGCGGCAGAGCGCCCGUCGAAGUGGCGUUGCUGCAGGACCUGCUCGAAGACUCGGGCGGACCGAUAUUCAUAUGUCCGCCUCCACCGCCCAUGAACGACAACACCGACAAGAGGUACUCGUAG